AAACGGAUAGCUUCAAAAAGAUUGUUGCCGCUAAAAUUAGAAUUAAAGUUUUUCUAUUACGUUUUGCCUUUAAAAAUAGAUUAACGUUUAUAUCGAUAAAUUGUAGGCAAAUCUAAAUACGCGGAUAAUACAGGUUUGAAUCGUCCUUUUAUCUUUUUUCGCGCCAUCUUUCUUGUUACUCUGAAAGCAGAGCAAAGUGUUUUUUAAAGCUUUAGAAUGAUCUUCCGUGUGUCUCAAUUACGCAUGCGCGCUAGAUCGCGUCAAUGAUAAUGUGACGUGUACAAUCUUCUCGCGUUCAGAACACUCGCGUCGCUCGUCGCUCGCGUGACAAGCGAGCGAGUGAGCGAGUGCAUCGACGCUUUAUCGUCGAAACAACGUCGUUUUCCUCUAACCGCGGGAUGCACCUCGUCCGCUCGUCGGAAGAAGAUGCACUGUCGCGAGAAAAAUUCUUCUACCGUGAACGAGAGAAGAGAGGGAGGCGGAAAAGAGAGAGUCAAGGAGAGACGGAGAGUGACGUCGCGUCUGCCGAUCAAGUGGUCUCUUCGUAAUCACUUCGCCUUCGUGAGCGUAAUCCUGGCGGUUGUGGAAUUCAACGUGGUACCGCAUCAACGAAUCGGUUUCUUCUGCAAUGAUCCAAAAAUCUCAUUUAAAUUCACGGGCGACACGAUCUCCAUGGGCGUAUUGAUAAGCUUCACUUUAGCCAUGCCUUUAGUAGUAAUUUGGAUCGCAGAAUACGUCUGUUAUCACCCUAACAGUUACGAGAAGGUGUCAUGCUAUGGCACCCGGGGCAAACAAAUUUGGCGUUGGUAUGGACACUACUUCGCGGGAAUUUCGACGCUCACGCUCGUCAUCGAAAUCAUGAAACUCCUGAUCGGUGAACCGCGGCCGCACUUUCUCGACACGUGCAAACCGCGCGAGGCGGCCAACUGCACCGAUGAAUACUUCAGUUUUUACACGUGCACGAAUACCGAGUUUUCUACGUGGUUCAUCAAUGAUUCCAGCAAAUCCUUCCCCUCCGGCCAUUCGGCUCUCUCCGUUUACACGAGCAUCUUCUUGGUGUGGUAUCUGCAGAACCGUCUGCCGAACCGGACGCUGUUUCUGAAACCGUGGCUGCAGUGCCUGAUGGGCAUGUGGGCCGUUACGUGCUCGCUGACGAGAGUGGGCGACAACCGGCACCACUGGUGGGACGUUCUCGUCGGCGACGUCCUCGGGCUUCUGUUCAGCCUGUUCAUCGUGGUUGUAUCGUGCCAGCACUUCCGUCUCGAGCGCGCCGCCGACGCCGACGCCGACGCCGCCGCCGCCGCCGUCGCGGCGACGCACGCCCUUAACGAGCCCCUGGAGAACGGCUACGACGUGCAGCGCAAGCAGAGCGUCAAGAAGCUGCUCAAUCCUACCGUCGUCAACGUCUCGGAGGGCCGGGAGAUGAAGGACGUCGCGAACUGGAGGGAAUGAACGGGGAUGCGUCGCGUCCGUCGCGAACGACGAGGGGGCGAUUUCACGAACGGGAAAUAUUAUUAUGUAGAAUAAUCGCGCUGGUCGAAUCACUCGUUUCGGAAAAAAUCGAACCACUCGCUCGUUCGCAGUAUAUUUUUCCUGUACCUGAUCUUUCCUUAAGUAAUGAUAAUAGUACUAAGUUAAACUAGACCGGUAUAUGAAUAAUACAAACGAGAAAGUAAUGAGCUUUUUUGCUCAAAGCGGAUCUUAACUUGAUCAUUUUUGUUUGUGCUUAACCUGGAAAACAAAGUUUUAAUAUACAAGGUAAACGUACCGAAUUACGCCACUUUAAGCAAGAAUUCAUUUUUGACAAGUUAUUUUUAAAAAGUAAUAAAUAAUAUUAGGUAAGACUAAAUUUUAUCUAAAGUUCAUAUUAUAAAUUAGCGAAAAUCUAUACAAAAAUUGAAAAUAUACAUAAACAUUUUUAUGUUUUAACGAACAUUUUACGAAAGAAUUAAUUGUGGAUUGCAAAUGUCCUGAAUUACGCCAGGUGUUCUGAUUUACGUCACUAACUUGUAUCAAAUGACACCACCCUAUCUGUGCGUUGGUAAUCUUUAUUAUAUUUUACAAAAACUAUAUAAUUAUAUGAUUUUUUUACUAUUUUAUCAUUUUUUAAAUAUAUUACUCAUGCAAAACUAAGGCUUUGCAUUACAAUUCAAAAUUAUUCAUUUUAUCAUUUGACAGAUUACAUUCCGUAAUAACAAUUUAAGAAUUUAGCCAUGGACAGUUAAAAGUGAUAGAUUCUUGAUAAUGGUUUUUGGAAACUUUUUUACAAAAAAAAAACAUGCAUUUAUUUACUUUUAUGGAGCCAUUUAAUGCACUUUGAUGACUGCUUUCUGAUAAUAUUUAGAUAUUUUUAAUCAGUUGUACUUUAUUAUGGACACAAAACAAAUUAUGAUGGCAUUAUUUAGGUCAGUAUAUGGCGUAAUUCAGUACAUUUAUCUUAAUUAUUUAUAUUUUAAUAUAUAUGAACAUACUUUAUAUAUAAUUAAAUAUAAAUAUGUGUGAAAAUUAUAUAAUUAUAUAUAAACAAUUUUCUCCGCGUAAUAAUGCUUAAUAAUUCCAAAUAAGUAUUAAAACAUUUAUUUACGUCAAAAUAUUUAUUUAUUUAAUUAUUUAAAAAAUUGAAACUUACACACUUUCAUCCAGUGUCUGCUUUCAAUCGGCAUUAUACUCACAUGAUUACUAACUUUUUGUGUGACUUUUUACAUACAUUUUUCAGUUCCGCAAACUGCGCGUCGAUCGUUUUGUCGGUCUUGCGAAACGCACUUCUGAACUGAAGCUGUAACAGUGAUAUCACGAGAAUUAAAUUACAUGUCUCAAUGAUUGAAUCGGUAACGACAUCGCGUCUUUGAAAGUAGGGAGGUCCGGCUUCGAACCUUGAGCUGAGAUGAUGUUUUUCGUUAUAAAUUUUUUACAGUGCUUUAAGAUUCUUCUUGUUCGCAUUAUUACUAAAUUGUUUACCAAUUCAAUUCGAGAUAUUACUAUUUUUAAUUAGAACUGUGUUUCUCAAGCGACCGACGAAAAUUAUUGACGCACAGUUUGCAGAAUUGGAAAAUGAAUAAAAAUUCGCACAAAAAAUAUUAUUAAGCGUUAAAAGAUCCGUUCUGGGACCGUAAAAGGCUCGCGCUUUUUUAUUUGUAAUAAUAUCAAUCUUAUUGAGUACAAUAGUGGUUCGUAAAGAAGCGGAAGUUUAAUAGAAAGUUGCAUACCGAUGAAGCCUCGGCAAUGAUAUCUCUUUUAAGCACAUACCUUUAUGUUAGUAAAAUUCAAAAUAUUGAAUCGUGCAUGUGAAAAUCGAAAGGACAACGCAGACAUGCCAAGAAAAGUAUACGUUAAUUACACUAGUAAUAAAAAUAUAGGAGCAAUGUCAAAAUAAUUAUUAGUUUUGGCUCACUGUUUAUUAACAGUACGAAACACGUACCCACGUCCACGUAUAUGUAUUUCCGAGUAAAUACAACGUGUACAAAAGGAUUACACGUAGAUAGGUGAAGAAAAUAAAUAAUAAUGGAAUAUAAUAAAGAUGAAUGUAGAUAUUAAGUAAGAAAUAACAUGAAAUGAUAAUAAAUAAUGUAAAUAUAUCAUGAGAAAUGAUAUACAGAGGAAUAGCUGAUUUGAAGAAUGAGAGGAGAUGCACCGAGAGAGAGUAUCAGGAGGUAAACGAAUUAAAAUAUUUUACCGCAGUGUAAAUAGGCGCGCGUCCGUACAACAAAUGGCUGCAUAGCGGCCAUUGAUCAAGCGACAAGUAAAUGAGAUAGUGACGGAUAGCGGCUUCGUACGAUUGUAUCGAGGCUGACAAAUGCUCUUGGCGUUUUCCCGAGAAGAAAAAUAAGGAUUUUUCGGAGUAACGUUCUUUCCGAGGCGAUUGAUUCGAUCAGGGAAAUGCGUAAUGUGCGAGCUCAGUGGUGGUUUUCCCUCGUAGCCGGGGGAUCAAGUGCCGGGACGCACGGAGAUUUAUUUUCGUAUUAACGUACAAAUUGCUCAGUACGAAAUAGUCGAACGUUUUACAUUCCACUGAGAGGGAACGGGGGGAAAGGGCAAGGAGAGAGAAAGAAAUUCGCAUAUCAGAGUCACGGACGCAUCGAUCGCGAGGUUCUUGCAGGUGCGAAGUGACGGGGGCUGGGGCCGGAAGAGCCCCCAGCUCGUACACGUAGGUACGGACGAACUGCCUACUACCCACUUGCACCGAUCCGAUAUAUAUAUAUAAUGUAAGAAACUCACGGGGGCUUGCAAAGUAUCGAGUCAAUUAAUCGCACGGGAUGAUAAUCCGACGGGGGAGAUAACUUAGUGGAUCGUCCACUCGAGAUAUUUAAUAUAUGCCUCCGAUGUCGAUGAACUUCUCUCAAAACAUGCCUUCGCUCGUUCUUAUCAGUAAUUUACACUUACACUCCCACACUUGAUUGCAUUAUUUAACAAACCGUACCUUUAAUCUUUCGAUGCACUUUGGACCCGAAACGGGGAUAAGUCGCGCGCGCCAAUUUUUUAUGUGCAUGCACAAUAUUGUAACGUGACGAAAAUUCAGUCUGCUUUAAUUUAUAUAGGGCACAAUUUUUUAAAUGAAAUUUGAAAUGAAAAUUGAAUAGAGCCAGAAGAUUGCGUCGGUCGAGAGGAUAACUGGAAAAUAAGUUGAACGGAAAUUUUUUAAUUUAUUCCACUAAUAUAUUUAACGAUAUUUUUGUAGGUAUAAGAAUGUUUUAUUCACAUUCCAUGCGCAGCUUCCAAAUGUACAUACUUUGGCGAGAAAAUGUUCUUACUUUUUUUUGUUCUAAUUUAUUUACGCACGAACGAAGGAUGGAGGAGUAACAGUGA